AUGCACGUCUUACACCUCAUUGUGCUUUUCCUUUUACAGCUCCGUCUGUCUUCUGCUGAAAACUAUCAGUACAUCCCUCCGGGCGUCUAUACCAUAAAUGACAACUCGACUGGUCAAUUCGCAACGGUUGGCACAACUCCAGUUGACGGCAUAGUAGAGUUCAAGUCGAACACCAACUAUAAGUGGCGCGUUUGGGGUACGGGCUUCACAUUAGCUUAUUCCUUUCAUACAAUCCAAGACCAAAGCAGCAAGAAAUAUAUCCACUUUCCAGAGAUAAAAGACGGUGCGAUCGCUGUGCUUAAUGACAACCCCUCGUUGGUCCGGGUGAGCGAGUAUCCUCAUAACAGUUGCAAUCUCUUCUCCAUUGAUGCAAGCAACCGUCGGCUCUAUUGGACCACAGAGAAAUACAGUAAUGACAAUCCCAUUCCUGUCUUGAAGCUGAGAGCCUCGAUACCGAAGUCCAAACGAUAUACAGUCAUCCGCCAGCAGGACGGCUAG